UAAAAUCGAUACAGAAAUAAUCGAGGGCUUUUGAAACCCGGCCGGGGGUGGGGUGGGGAACCCAGCCCGUGGCGGUUCGGCUUCCAGCCAGUCCAAAAUCCGCUUUUUUAAGCUUUAAAUUCUUUUUUUUCCCUUUUUUUAAAAUGUGGGCUCCCUCCAGGCUCUAACCGGGAGGGAUUCGGGAAUUCGGAGCUGCCUCUCACCCUCCGAGGCUCUCGAGGCUCCCGGGCUCUGCUCGGUGCCAAUUUUUGGGGGGAUCCCUUCCCCCCCCUGGGCGCGGGCAGCUCGCCCGGCCCCUGCUCCGCGGCCUUUCCCAGCGGUUCCUUUGUUCCUCCCUCUCUCUCUGUGUCUCUUUUCUUUUUUUUCCCCCCAGAUCCUUGUACUUGGCAGCGAUCCUCAGACUCCAAAUUUGAUUUUUUUCCUCUUUUUUUCUCCCUCCCUCUCCCUCUGUAACGCAAUAAAGUCUGGCCAAACAAUAACAGAGGCGGCCCGCGAGUCCGGGGAAGCCGAGAGCUUUUAAAAAUAGGAAUAUAAAUAUUCCCAGCGGCUUUGGGCUCUGCUCAGGGCGAGAUUUGUGACCGAAAUCUCAACGUGGGCAGAGGGGAAAAAACAAACAAAAAAAAAAUCCCAAUUCAGGGAAAAUCGGGAUGAGCCUUGGCCGAGCCAGGCUCCAACAAAGCCAAAUUCCAGAAAAGGUUUAGGGAAGGGUCUGAGGGUUCUCGGGAUGGGGGAAUAAACCCAAAAUCGCGCGGUUUGACAGAGAAUUGGGCGCCCCUCGCCCACGGGGAAAGGCAGCAGAGCCGCGCUGGGUUGGAAAGUUGAGGAAAAAAAUCGUGUUCCGGUGGAAGGUCACAGUGGUCCUCAGAGCCCGAGACGGAGAGACCCCCUUCCCCCUUCCCCGUCACGUGAGUCAUUAAAUAAUUAAUGCAGAGGUUGCAGAAUAGAUAUGUAUUCGUCAGGAAAAUCGCAGACAUGGUCUCCUUGUGCCUGACGUGAAAUUCCACUGUCCUUUAAAAAACAGGGAAGGGAAAGAGAGCGAAGGGAAGGGGAAAAAAAAAAAAAAAAAAAAAAAAAAAAAAAAAAAAAAAAAGUGGGGAGAGAAAAGAGCGAGAGGGAGAAAGAGGGGGAGAGAGAGAGGAGGAGAGAGGGAGAGGAGCCCGCAAUAAAACAAUUCUCACGAAGCGCCAAGCCACGCCGAGGGCUGGAUUAUUUGACGAAUCCUCUCCACCCCGACCCGGCUACGCCUCCUCCUUGGAAGUCCUGGAGUCUUCGCAGUUCUUCUCCUGCCUCAAAAUCCUCCUCGGUCCCGGAUUUGGCGGAGCGGCCCUCAGGGAAGCCUCGGUCAGCUCCCACCAGCCAGCUGGAGAGGGGCCGUCACGUGGCCUCGGGGUGCCAAUGUUCUGCCAUCGGGGUGUCCAGCCCCUGGUAGCCGAGAAAACCCUCGCGGAAGAUGCAGAAGGCCUCGUACUACGACAGCCCCACGCUCUUCGGGGGUUACUCCUACGGCGGCGCCGCCAACGGGUUCGGCUACGAGGGCGCCCCGCAGCCUUUCCAGGCCUCUCCCCAUGUGGAGGACGAUUUCCAGAGGUCGGCCUGCUCCCUGCAGGCCCUCGGCAACGCCGCCGACGCCGCCCAGCACGGCAAAAAUAAGGAGCUCAACGGGAGCUGCAUGCGGCCCGGUUUGCCGCCGGAGCCGCCGGGCUCGCCCAACGCCAACGGCGCCGCGGGCGGCGGCGGCGGCCAGGCUGGUGGAGGUAAAGGUGGCCCCGGUAAAGCCAAUCUCGGGGCCAGCAGCAUCUCCAAGCAGAUCUUCCCCUGGAUGAAGGAGUCGAGGCAGAACUCCAAGCAGAAGAGCGGCUCGCCCAGCGCAGAAACCUGCAGCGGCGGCGAGAAAAGCCCCCCGGGCUCCUCGGCCUCCAAGAGGGCGCGCACGGCCUACACCAGCGCCCAGCUGGUGGAGCUGGAGAAGGAAUUCCACUUCAACCGCUACCUGUGCCGGCCGCGGCGCGUGGAGAUGGCCAACCUGCUGAACCUCAGCGAGCGCCAGAUCAAGAUCUGGUUCCAGAACAGGAGGAUGAAGUACAAAAAGGAUCAGAAGUCCAAAGGCAUGGGCUCCUCCUCUGGGGGGCCUUCCCCGGCGGGCAGCCCCCCGCAGCCCAUGCAGGCCUCGGCGGGGUUCCUCAACGCCUUGCACCCCAUGAGCGGCGCCUACGAGGCGCCGUCGCCGCCUUCCUUCAGCAAACCCCACCAAAACGCCUACGCCGUGCCCGCCGGCGGCUACCAAGCGCCCCUCAAGGCUUGCCCCGGCCAGCAGAAAUACGCCGGGGCCGCCGGCGGCAACGACUACGAGGCGCACGUCCUGCAGGCCAACGGCGUGGCCUACGGGACCCCCGGCAUGCAGGGCAGCCCCGCGUACGUCGGGGGGAACUUUGUGGAUUCUCUGCCCUCCUCCGGCCCGUCCCUUUACGGCCUCAACCACCUGCAGCACCACCAGGCCGCCGGCGUGGACUACGGCGGCGCGGCGCCGGGCCAGCCCCACGGACCGUGCGAGAGCCACGCCACGUACGCGGAGCUCUCGUCGCACCACGCCACUUCUCAGGGCAGGAUCCAAGAGGCGCCCAAGCUCACCCACCUGUGAGGGGGGAGCUGCUGGGAUCGGGAAUGGGGAAAACGAGGGCAAGUUUGGGUUUCAGGGAUGUUUUGGUGUUGAGUUCUCGUCCCGGCCUCGCCGGCGGGGUUUUGGCGGGGUUUGGGGGUUGUGAAGAGCCAAGUCCGGGCGGUUUUGGUGUUUUUGGAAGGGGGAACCUCCUGGAUUUCAAUGCAAAUUCUUCUGGAACGGGCUCGGGGUGGUUUUUGUGGGAAUCCCGCAGGGUUUAAGAGGCCAAAUCCGUCGUUUCCAAGCCACAUCCGGAUCGUCACCGAUAAUUCCUGGAUGCUGGGAAGGAGAAGAGUCCGGAGCCAAGUUCUGGGGUCUCUGCACCCACAAAACCCCAGAAAGAUCCACCAGGAAUUUCCCCCCUCCUCCGAGUCCUUCUCCACAUCCACCUGUGCUUUCCUUCCCGGCCUUCCGAGGAAGGGUUGUCCUUUCCCGCCGGAAAAAGGAUAAAUCCAAAUUCCCGCUGGAAAAAGGAUAAAUCCAAAUUCCCGCUGGAAAAAGGAUAAA